AUGACAAAGAUAUUCGCGACCGGCGCGACCGGCUACAUUGGCGGCGAUGCUCUUUUCGCCAUAGCCCAGGCCCAUCCCGAAUACGACAUCACUUGUCUGGUCCGCAACAGCGACAAGGGAGCUCUCGUGGCGAAAGACUAUGCCAGCUCCAAACUGGUGUAUGGCGACCUCGAUAGCGUAGAUCUUAUAGAGGCCGAGGCGAAGAAAGCUGAUAUUGUCCUAAACUUCGCAUCAGCGGACCACGAAGCGGCGGUUAAAGCGAUGUUGAAGGGAGUCGCUGCCCACGACCCCACGCACCCAGGCUUCUACAUCCACACAUCAGGCACCGGCCUCCUCCUCCACGACGACAUUUCCCAAAAGACUUACGGCGAAGCCUCGUCCCGCAUCUACGACGACCUCGCCAACAUCUCCGCCAUUACCUCCUUCCCGGACGCCGCCCCGCACCGUGUGACCGACAAACUCGUCCUCGCCAGCGGCUCCGAACACGGCGACAGAGUCAAAGUCGCUGUCGUCUGUCCGCCGACUAUCUACGGAACAGGCAGAGGCCCGGAUAACAAGCGCUCGCAUCAGGUUCCAGAGCUUGCCAGGGUGACGUUGGAGAAGGGACAUGGGGUGCAGGUGGGGAAGGGGGAGACGUUGUGGAGUAAUGUGCAUGUCCACGAUCUUUCGGAUUUGUAUGUGAAGUUAGUGGAGAAUGCAGCAGCGGGGGAGAGUCUGGCGGAGUGGCCGGGGAAACCUGCGUUAUGGGGGAAAGAGGGAUAUUACUUCGCCGAGAACGGCGAGCACGUCUGGGGCGACAUCUCGCGCCUCGUGGCCAAGGAGGCGAAGAAGCAGGGCUAUAUCAAGACUGAUGAAGUCAAGACGGUCUCAUCUGAAGAGGCCAGCGAAUUGACACCUUUCGGCCAGGCGAUCUGGGGCGCCAAUAGCCGGUCGCGCGCGAAGAGGGCAAGGGAGGUGUUGAGAUGGGAGCCGAAGGGUGCGUCGUUGGAGGAUGAGAUCAAGGCGAGUGUGGAGUGGGAGGCGAGGAAGUUGGGGGUGGAGCCGGGGCAUGCUAAGGUUGCUGCUGGGGAUGCUUGA